CACUAACCAAAUAUACCUCUCCACCCCAAGACAACCAUCUAGUAGCUGUUGGUUCAGAAAAGGCUCCAAGAUAUGAAGAAAACUCUACUUCUGUGGUUCCUUGUGUUGCUCACCAUUCUCACAUAUUCAGCUUGUGCAAGCAAAUCUACUGCAGAAUAUGAAGAUUCGAGGAUUUCCAAGUCAACAAUGCAGCGUAAAUAUAUGUACGGUGGCGUGAUCAUGGGAUCAAGUAAAACAGGCAAUCAAAGAACAGUUCCAAGAGUGAACAUUGUACAGCAUGGCCGAGGUGUUUCACAUGUAGGAAAGCCAAUCAACGGUGGCGGUUCAAGUGACUUGUUACGGCGUCCAAAUGGCAAGAAAGGUUCAAAUUCGUUUUCCCUUAGGCCUUCAUCUAUGUUCAUGGCAGCUCUCACGAAUCUCUUUCUUGGAUUGCUUCUAUCUGUUUGCUUCUAUUGAAUUCCCGAGGCCAGAUGUUUCAUCCUGAAAGAUAUUUUCAUAGAGGCAAGAAGAAGAUAUGUUCAUAAUAGCUAACCUUCUAUGUCCAUGUUAUAAGACCUUCAUGUCCAGCCAAAAGUUGCCCCCCUCUCCCCCUAAAUAGCUUCUGACGGCAAGAUGAUGCCAAUGCUUUUUUUCUUUUUCUUUUUUUUUUAAUAAUAAGCUACCUUCUGCCAUCA